AUGAUAGCCUACCUGUCUGCAGAAGCCGUCUUCGCUGCCGUACGCAAGUGCAGUCUUAUCCUGGAGGAAGCCCAGGACGUUUCCGAUGACGACGACGGCGACGAUGACUUUCGAAUGGACUCCAUGGAGUUGAAACCUUCCAGAAGCUUGGAGUUUUUAGACGAGAGAACAUCUGACCUCUCAGCUUCAGCCAGCCAGGAACUUGGGCUGUCCCCAGCAUCGGGGAGUGGCAGUUUGGACGAUGUUAAACCUCCCUACCCCUUGAAGACAGUGUGUAGUUCUCCACAGUUGCUGAAUCAGAUACAGGAGAGUGAGUUGGAACAUGAGUGUCUUCCUUCAGGUUUGGCAGUGCAACAGGGGCAUUAUUCCCACGGGAAGAUGGCAGUACCAGAAAUGUUGGGGAAAUAUGACCGUUUGAGACACCUGAGAGGUGUGGGGUCUAAUGCAGGUACCGCAGAAGGAACUAGAAGGCUGCAAACAAGUGAUAGUGUUAGGGCAAUAUUUAUGCAUAAAUGUGAUGCUCUUAGUCCCAGACAAGAGUUCCAUGUUGAAAGCUUGAACUAUACACAGCAUCAUAGUGGGGCAUCAGUCGCUAGUCCUGUUGAAAAGGAGUGUUUAGUUGAAGGAGGUAGUGGUAGAGAAGGAAUCAGAAGUGAAAGAGGGGACAUUGGUAACACAAAAUGUGAUUAUUCACAGAAUCACUGUGAACAGUUAAACAGCAGUGAUGCCAGCUGUGAUGUAUUAAGGACAGCAGGUGAACAUAUGGUUGCUUCAGAGACAGGCUCUGCUUGUGUUGGAGCUGGAUGUGAGAACUCUAGUCCGUCAUCCAGCAGGGGCAGCAACAGCAGGAGUGACCUGCAGCCUCAGCAGGAUGUUAGAACAUGCAGUGAGAGAAGAUCACUGAUAACAGAAGCAGCUCAAGACUUGCAGAUGAGAAUACUCUCUGGUGUAUCUGCCAGAGAGAAAAGUAGGUUCCAGAACAAGGACUCACAAACAGCCCAAAAUCUGCAGACUUUAUCUUCUAGAGAUGAAAGCGGGACUAGAAACAGAGACCCACCCACUGUCCCAAGAACCCAAGAUCUGCAGGCAAGAAAACCAUCAGGUGUAUUUUCUAGAGAUGAAAAGGGAUCCAGCAAAAGAGACUCAUCCCCUGCCCCAGCAAACCAAGAUCUGCAGACAAGAGCACCAUCAGCUCUAUCUUCUGCAGAUGAAAGUGAAACUCAGAUCGGAGACUCCCCCACUACCAUCACCAAUAACAACAAUAAUGUAAUUACUUUAACCAGUAGCUCACUCACAGCAGGGUCUUCUAUAGCUCCUGCUGCCUGCACUGCUCAGUACAACGGACAGUACCCAUCUCAUCGGAAGGAUCUGCCUCCUGGGUCUAGAGCUGUGGAGUUCUCAGAGAUAUCCGAUUGCUGUGACUGCAUGGAUGAACAGGCCAAAGUGUCCGCUUGCUUAGGGGAUUGUGGGCUGCCCAGUUCGUCACAUCAGUCAUCCAGGCAAGGACAUUCUAAGCAGAAUGGUAUGACCUCAUCCUUCUGUAAAGUGGGGAGUGGUUCCCCUGUGGUGCAGAUUGAGUCCAAAUGUUGCUCAGUUGUGUGA